CACUAUUCAGUAAUCACCCACGUCUAUUCAACGUCACAGUCAUGAAGACUAGAGAUAUAUCUCUAUUUUCUUUACAGUCUUCAUGGUCACAUUAGUCAUUAUCACAAUAAUUUAUUAACUAUUAUUUGGUGUUCGAUACUUCGAUAAUCGAGAGUCGAGACUUGAGACUCGACUAUACAGAUACUGAUUGCGGUAGUCGAGACACGACAUGUCGAGUCGUUCUUCAUGAUUCAUUAGGGUUGUUGCUUUCUAGCGUCCAGUUUUGAUUCAGUGCUUUUUAUAUGGUUAUAAAUACAUUUUAUUAUAUUUAUACUGUGCUGUGUAAACCGACAAUAAUUAUUAUUAGUUAUUACUCCUAAUAUUCGUUUCUAUGUUCAUAGUUUAUAGUUGCUUCAUUAGUACUAUUGUUCUGUACUUCUGUAUGUAAUUAAAGUUGCUUACCCACCUAAAUUAAAUAUAAUAUCAUCCUUAAUCACUAGUCAGCAGACUUUCAACGUCAUUCAGGUAUCUGAAGAUAAGUAAAAAUGUGGUUAAAAAUAAAAGUACUUCUGUGGAAAAGCUUACAACUGCGAAAAAGACAUUGGCUGAGUACUAUAAUUGAAAUAAUAGUACCAUGUUUGUUAUUUUUUUUCAUCAAUUAUAUAAAGUCACAAUUUUCAAAUGAUAAAACAUCUGAACCAACAAUUAUAAAUCAAACUAUACCAAGCCCUAUUUCUGAAGAAAUUUUAUAUUUAAAUUUUAUGAACCGUCAUUCAUCUGGACUUUUUAUAUAUACUCCACACACCAUUGAAACAGAACAAAUUAUGAACAUUGUAAAAAAAAAUUUGGACAUUUCUCCUGAUAAUAUUGAAACUGCUAGUAAUGAAGAUGAAAUGAUAAACAAAUUUAAAAUCAAAUUCAAUAGCAGUGAAGGUGGUGGUAUUUAUGGAUUUGGAAUUGUUUUCGAAGAAACUAUAAAAUCUCAAGUUUUAAAGUAUAAGUUAAGAAGCACUAAUGAAUUAUGGCUAACAGAUCAUUUGUUUCCACCUUAUGAAAUACCAGGACCUAUGGACUACGGUGAUGAAUACCUAAAUAUGGGAUUUUUAGCAUUACAGUUAACCUUAGACAAAGCUUUUAUUAUGUUGAGUGCCAAUAAUAAAAGUAACCUUAAUAUAAAUGAUUAUAAUUUAGAAAUUCAGUCGUAUCCUUAUGCAAAUUACUUAAAGGAUUCAACAUUUCAACAAUUAUUUGAUAUAUUCUUGCCGUUAUUCACAGUUUUAAGUUUUUUGUUAAUGUGUUCCAAUACAAUUAAGAGAGUUGUUGAAGAAAAAGAUUCAGGCGUAAAAGAAUUAAUGAAAAUUAUGGGUCUUAAACCAUGGAUGAUAUGGACAGGAUGGAUAUUACACAACGUUUUUGUAUAUGCCAUAUCAAUCACAGUUAUUACUUACAUUACUUGUUUUGAAGUAUAUACUGGUCAAGCAAAGUUAUUAAAUUACACAAAUCCAUUACUUUUAUGGAUUUUUUUAAUGAUGUAUAUGAUUGCCGGAGUAUUUUUUUGUUUUGCAAUUAGUAGUUUAUUCAAUCGACCAUUAAUUGCUUUAAUUGUGGGUAGUAGUGUAUGGUGUCUCACUUACACUUUACCCAAAAAUUUUGUGAAACCUUCUACAAGCAUUUUAGUUCAAACACUAUUCACAUUAUUUCCAAAUUUUGCAGUAUCAAGAGCUUAUAUAGCUAUAUCGUCACUUGAAACUCAAGGAAAAGGUCUUCAAUUCUCCACUCUAUUUACUGCUGGAAAAGGGGGUAACAGUUUUUCUGUUGGUUUUAUUUUUCUGAUGUUUGUUGUUGAUUGUUUCGUUUAUGGAUUUUUUGCUUGGUACAUUGACUCAGUCAUGCCAGGACAAUUUGGUGUUGCAAAACCAUUAAAUUUCUUAUGUAAAUGGUCGAAGAAUAAAUCUGAAAAUAAUGAUAUGGUUCCCAUCAGUAAAAGCAGUAGUAGGCUUUUUGAAAAACCUCCAAACAAUUUUGAAGUUGGAAUUAGUGUAAAAAAUUUACAUAAACGUUUUGGAAAUUUCUAUGCAGUUAAUGGAGUAAAUUUGGACCUAUAUAAAGGGCAAAUAACUGCACUUUUAGGUCAUAAUGGUGCCGGAAAAACAACCACAAUGUCAAUUAUAACAGGGUUAUUUUCUCCAACAUAUGGUACCAUAAAUGUUAAUGGAAAUAAUUUGUUUAGUAACAUUGACGAUUUUAGACAAAAUCUCGGUUUAUGUCCUCAGCAUAACUUACUUUUCUCUUAUUUGACUACUCUGGAUCAUUUAAUAUUUUUUGGAAUGCUGAAAGGUUUGCCAUUGAAAAAUGCAAAAUCUGAAGGUUUACAUCUGCUUAAACUUUUAAAUAUAUUGCAAAAAAAAGAUGAACUAGUAAGCAAUCUUUCUGGAGGGAUGAAACGGAAGUUGUCACUUGCAAUUGCGUUAGUUGGCAAUCCUAAAAUACUAAUAUUAGAUGAACCAACUUCUGGAAUGGAUCCUGAAUCCCGAAGAGAAAUGUGGGAUUUACUCUUGUCUUUUAGAGGAACAAGAACUAUUUUGAUAACAACACAUUUUAUGGAAGAAGCUGAUGUCCUCGGUGACAGGAUUGCUAUCAUGGACCAUGGAAAAGUUAAAUGUUAUGGCUCUUCAUUAUUUUUAAAAAAAGCUUAUGGAACUGGUUAUAAUUUGACUAUUGUAAAAGAAGAAUCAUGUGAUGAGUCUAAAAUCAUAAAAGCAAUUAAUGAACUUAUACCAGGAGCAGAAGUUCAAAGCUCAUUGACUGCCCAAGUUGUUAUUAAUUUACCAAAUGAAAACACUGAUCAAUUUCCAGAUGUAUUUAGAAUACUAGAACUUAAUAGAGAAAAAUUUUCUAUAAAAGGAAUGGGUAUAUCUUGUACAACAAUGGAAGAAGUUUUUCUGAAAGCUGAAAAAAAUAUAUCAGAUGAUGAUGAUGAUGAUGUAUCAUCUAUAAACACACCAGUAGAUUCUGGUAGUUAUCAGUUGAUUAUAACCAAGGAAGUUGGUUUUAAUGUUGACCAAGUGACCAAUUUAAUUCAACAAUAUGUGCCUGAAUUUGUGUUGAUGGCUGAUAUGGAAAUUCAAAUUAUAUUUAAUCUACCAGCUAGAAAAAGAAAUCAAUUUGGUGCCCUAUUUUCUGCCCUUGAAUUUCAAAAACAAAAUUUUCACUUGAAAAGUGUUAAAAUAACUAAUCCAACUACAGGGGACAUAUAUCCAAAUUCAGUCACAGCUGGAGACGAUGGAGAUGAACAAAAACAACCAUCUAAUAAUGAAGUCACACAAACAUUGAUGCCAAAGUAUACAAGUGGAAUAUUUUUAAUGAAAAAUCAGUUUAAAGUAUUAUUGGAAAAAAAAGUCAUUUAUACAUAUAGAAGAUGGCUUUUAUCAUUAUUUUUUGGAAUUGGACCAAUUCUGUUGGGCUUGUUAGUUAUGAAAUCAACUAAUUAUUUAAUCAAUCAAACCGUGGUUUCUCAAGGAUUAAAUAUAUCACUUAGUACCUACGAAGAUAGCAGUGUCUUUUACCGUGCUGGAGAUAAUUCUCCUGAAAAUUUAGAACCGACAUUUGUAGCUAUUUCUAAGGCAAAUAAAGCUACUGUUAACGAAACAUCGCCAGAAAACAAUAUAAUUGAUGAUCUAUUAAAAAUGUGCAAAGAUGAUGUAUUCAAUUAUAGAACAAAUCUUAUGAUUGCUGGUGACUUUAACCGAACAAAAUCAACUGUUAUAUACAAUAAUAUAGCUAUUCAUACCCCUGGAAUUGCAGUAAACAUGUAUUCCAAUGCUCUACUACAAAAGUUGUCAGGAAAUAAUGAAUCAUACAUUUCAACUGUUAAUGAACCGAUUCAUAUAGAUAAUAUGAAUGUAUGUGAUGAAAGACUUGGGAUGGCAUUAGUAUUUCUCUGGAUCACUACUUUCACACCUGGAUUACUGUAUUUAAUUGGAUAUUUUAUAGCUUUACCAUUAAAUGAAAGAGUAAGUGGCAUUAAGCACUUACAAAUGAUGACCAAACUUUCACCAAUCAUGUAUUGGGUUACUUGUUUCAUUUGGGACUAUUUUUGUUAUAUAAUUGUGGUUUUAUUAACAUUGGCCGGUAUGUAUUUCUUGGAUAAAAACGACAUAUUUACUGGUUCAAAUGAAGUUGGUGCUCUAUUAACAUUAUUACUUAUUUAUGGAUGGAGUGCAAUACUCUAUGCAUAUGUUUAUAGCUAUUUAAAAAAUACCCUUGUCAGUUCCAUGUUAUUGUUUAUUGCAGUUAAUUUUAUAAUAGGAAUGUUUAUAAAUACUGGAUUGUAUAUUUUAAAAGACUUAAUUAGAGAGAAUAAUAAAACUAGUUCCUUUAACACGUUAAAUAUAAUAAGGUUAAUAGUUUUAAUUGUUCCACAUUUUUCAUAUUCAUCAUGUAUAUCAGGAUUUCUACAAAUAACAUGGGAAAACAACAUGUGCAAAGUAUGUAAAUCCCCUUUUAUGGAUGAAAAGUGUAAAGAUAUGUAUUCUACACGAAAAAGUUAUUUUGUUUUCAAAUCUGAUAAAAAUCCAUAUGGCAUACUAGAAGAAACUUUAUUUUUAUUAUUUAGUAGCAUAUUGUAUACAUCUAUUAUCUUAUUAUUUGAUUAUAAAAUAUUUCAUCGGAUAUAUCAGUUUGUUUUUAACAAAAUCAUUGGCACUGGUGUUAGCUAUAAAGAUAUGAAUGAAGAUCCAGAUGUUGGUGGUGAAAGAGACAAAGUUGAUGCAGCUAAAUCUCUUUCAAAUAAUUCUUCAUCACCAUUAUUGCUAGUUGAUGACUUGGUUAAAAAGUUUAGUUUUAAAUUCACUGGGGUCAGGGGUAUAAGUUUUGCCGUUUCCCCGGGUGAAUGUUUUGGCUUACUUGGUGUGAAUGGAGCAGGGAAAACCACUACAUUCCGAAUUUUAACUGGUGAUACAUUUCCUUCAAAAGGUGACGCUUCUAUUCUGACGGAUAAGUUGUACAAGCUCAGCUCUAAUAUAAAUCAGUAUGUUUCUUUGAUUGGUUAUUGUCCUCAAUUUGACGCAAUAAAUGAUCAACUCACUGGAAAAGAAACUUUAAGACUAAUGGCAAUUUUGAGAGGAAUAUCGCCAACCAACACUAAAAAACAUGUUGAUAAAUGGAUUAAACUUUUAGGUCUUGAAGAAUAUAAAGAUCGAGUCUGCGGUAAAUAUAGUGGUGGUAAUAAGAGAAAAUUAAAUACUGCAAUGGCAUUAAUUGGAGAUCCACCCGUUGUGUUUUUGGAUGAACCCACUAGUGGAGUAGACCCUGUAGCAAGACGUAAUUUAUGGCAAUUGUUAGCUGCUAGUCAAAGAGGUGGACAAGCCGUUGUACUUACAUCACAUAGUAUGGAUGAAUGCGAAGCACUUUGCAACCGUUUGACAAUAAUGGUGGACGGUGUAAUGAAAUGUAUUGGUAAUAUACAAUAUUUGAAAAAUCGUUAUGGACAAGGGUUUACAAUAAUGGUAAAACUACGUUAUAUUGAUUAUUUCAAUGUUACUGAACUAAAAUCUGAUAUAGAACGUCAGUUUGCUCCAGACAUUAAUUUAAAAGACGAACAUAAGGGUUUAUUGCAUUAUCACAUUACUAAUCCAAAUAUACCACUGUCUGAGAUAUUUGGUCAGAUGAAAGUAAUUAAGGAACAUUAUACUGCAAUUGAAGACUACACUGUUAGUGAUACAACACUUGAACAAGUCUUCAUAGCAUUUGCAAAAAAACAGGCAGUUUUAAAUACAACAGCUUAAGGUUUUGUUUGAAUUACUUUUGCAUAUUUUUACUUUUAAAUUUACUUUGUGUUAUUUUCUUCAUUUUAUUUAUUAGUAUUACAAACACAGUUCCUCAACUUACAAAAUAAAACUGAUUUAAAACUUGAAUUUAAAUCUUGAAAUUGUUAUUUUUAAUAUUGUUAUUAAAGUAUUUAUACUAACUUAUUAAUACUUAUUUAUUGUACCCAAAUUAAUUGAACAUUCUAAGAGGCUAGUGAUAAAAUAUGUUUUAUAAUCCUAUUAAUAAAUGUAAACAUCGGUGAUUCUAAAUUUAUUUUUCAUUACCUACUAAAGUUUUUUAUUUAAGCUUCGGCCUGAUAACUUAUACAUUUAUAGUAUAUUUUACUAUUUACUAUUGUUUCAAAUUAUAUUUAUAAUAAUCUUAAAAAAUUAUACCAUAAAAUAUUAUUAGAAUUAUGUUUAUGCUUUGCACUUUCUUGUUACCAGAUUCAAUAUGGUAGGUUAAAUAUUAAAUUCAAGAUUUCUAAUUUUUUAUUUUUGAGCAUUAAAAAUGUAUGAACUCUGUAUCCAUCAUGAUAAAGUCAAUUUAAAUUGUUAAUUGUCUAUACUCUAUACUUUAAAUUCUGCACUACAUGAUAUCCAAGCUUUUGUAAAAAACCUAUAUUAAAUCUAUGAAUAAAUAUUUUUAUAGAUUCA